AUGGCUAAGAAAUAUUGUGGACAUGCUACCACGAAGCAAAAAGAACAUUUAAUAGAAAUUAUGAACAAUGACGAGGAAUUAAGGAAAGGACGAUUUACCAAUUCCUUUACAAGAAAAGACAUGAAUUUACGAUGGGAAAAUAUAGCUGACCAAUUAAACGCAAUUCCGGGAGGUAAUAAAACUGCCGAGCAAUGGAAAAGGACAUGGAAAGAUAUGAAAAUGAGUGCCAAAAGAAAAAAUACCAUGAUUAAAACAUACAGGAAUGGUACAGGUGGUGGUCCCCCACCAGUUAAUGACCUAGAUGAAGUGGACAAAGCCGUGAUUAAAAUAUUGGAGCCAACACUACUUGAAGGGGACACUGAUAUACAAGAGUCAGAUUGUAUUAUUCAUUUUGAAGGAGACUUAAAUUCUGUUACAAUACAUGAGAACGACCCCACUGAUAAUUACAUGGAAGGAUCAAAUGAUGCAGUGACAUGUGAAACAAAUGUUAAAACUAAUACUAACACCUCGAAUGAGCAGGUAUUCCAACAAGGCACAAAGCCUAAGAGGCAGGUCAUUUCAAGAAGAAAAAGGCUCGAGCAGCACCAGAAAAGCACUGACAGACUUGUCGUUUUGACUGAACGGAAAUUAAAGAUUAAAGAAGAAUAUUACAAAAAAAAGUUGGAAAUAUUAGAAAAGAGUGGAGAACAAUUACGAAGGAUAGCUGACUUUCUAAGCCAGCUAAACAGCAACAUUGCUGAAUUAAUUUAGCUAUUAGCUGUGUAUAGGUAGGUACACAUUUAGUUUUUUCACAGUCAGAG